GUGUGUCAUCCUGACUUCAGCUCUGAAAUCAAACCCGUCACACCUGAGAGAGCUGGACCUGAGCUGGAAUGAACUAGGAGACUCUGGAGUGAAAAACCUCAGUGAUCUACUGAUGAACCCACAAUUCAAGCUGGAGAAACUACAUCUGAGUGAAUGCAGAAUUACAGAGGAACAGUGUGUCAUCCUGACUUCAGCUCUGAAAUCAAACCCGUCACACCUGAGAGAGCUGGAACUGAGCUGGAAUGAAGUAGGAAACGCAGGAGUGAAGCACUUAUGUGACGUACUGAAGGACUCCCACUGUAAACUGGAGAGAUUGAGACUCUCUAACUGUAGUGUAACAGAAGAAGGUUAUAAAGCUCUGGCUUCAGCUCUGAGAUCAAACCCUUCACCCCUGAUAGAGCUGGAUCUCACAGAAAAUGAUCCUGGACAAUCAGGAGUGAAGGAGCUCAAUGAUUUACUACAGGAUCCAAACUGUCAACUGAAGACACUGAGGUUUUUGAGUGCUGCUGCAGAUGAAGCCUGUCAGUAUGUGGAGAGAGUUGUGGGUAAAAACCCGUUUCUCCAGAAAGAGCUGAAACUGAGUGAACAUGAACUAGGAGACACACGAGUGAAUCAGAUCGCUGCUCUACUGCGGGAUAAACACUGUCGACUCAACACACUGACUCUGUAUAGAUGCAGAAUUACAGAGAAACAGUGUGUGAUCCUGACUUCAGCUCUGAAAUCAAACCCGUCACACCUGAGAGAGCUGAACCUGAGCUGGAAUAAUCUAGGAGACUCUGGAGUGAAAAACCUCUGUGAUCUACUGAUGAACCCACAAUUCAAGCUGAAGAAACUACAUCUGAUUGGAUGCAGAAUUACAGAGGGACAGUGUGUGAUCCUGACUUCAGCUCUGAAAUCAAACCCGUCACGCCUGAGAGAGCUGAACCUGAGCGGGAAUAAACUAGGAGACUCUGGAGUGAAAAACCUCAGUGAUCUACUGAUGAACCCACAAUCCAAGCUGAAGAAACUACAUCUGAUUGAAUGCAGAAUUACAGAGGAACAUUGUGUCAUCCUGACUUCAGCUCUGGAAUCAAACCCGUCACACCUGAGAGAGCUGAACCUGAGCUGUAUUGAACUAGGAGACUCUGGAGUGAAAAACCUCAGUGAUCUACUGAUGAACCCACAAUUCAAGCUGGAGAAACUACAUCUGUGUGGAUGCAGUAUUACAGAGGAACAGUGUUUCAUCCUGACUUCAGCUCUGAAAUCAAACCCGUCACACCUGAGAGAGCUGAACCUGAGCUGUAUUGAACUAGGAGACUCUGGAGUGAAAAACCUCAGUGAUCUACUGAUGAACCCACAAUUCAAGCUGGAGAAACUACAGUUAGUAUCAUUAUACUGUAUUUAUGUGUAUUUUAUUUUAAGUCAAUAGAGCUCAAGUCACAUC